AUGCCGUCGUUCUCUUCGGGCGAUCGAUUCGACAAUAUAGAUGAUAUGGACCCAUCAUAUGAGGCAUCGAUCGCGAACAACUCAAGGUCGAAGUGUAGGGAGCGAAGUUGCCGUUGUGCGAUUGCCCGUGGUACGCCUCGUAUCGGCAGAAAGAUGAAAUGUUCAAAAACAAGCUGGUAUCAUGUUGAGUGCAUCUUUGAGCAAUUCUUGCGAGGGUCGUGGCAACGAAAGACAAUUACGACGCUCAAUGACGUGAAAAAUAUUCAUGUGCUCACUCUCGAGCAAAAAUUGGAAUCAUUUCAGCGCCAGCUCACAAAUUUUGGCUUCAAGAAAAACUACGCCGAAAGCUCCACUGACGUUUGUGUUUUACACAAGAGGGGACAUGCGCGGGUUGCCCAAGGAAGCCAUGGUGACAUGACACGUGACAUAACCAUGUCUACAGGUGACACGAGUUGUGCAUUCAUAACAGAGUCACAAGACUCGACAAACGAAUGCAUCAUAGCCGCUAAAUUCAAAAGUGUUGCUAUCGAGAAUCAACGAAGACAUCAUGAUUUGCCUUUUGGUCCGACCGUGGAUGAUGUGAAUAGAAACUCGCGUGGAAACUUCUUUAAUGAGUUCUUAACGAGAUUUGUGAGUGAACGGCUCAUAGUAUAUGUCUUCGUUUCUGUUGCUCCUUUCUUUGGAAGCACAGUGAAAGUUGAAUUUUCCAAAUCCAUAAAAUUAAAUCCUUCUUUAAGUUUAUCUUCAAAAGUUACUCUGCCGAAGUCAUCUCUUACCAUCAUCUUUGAUGGGACAGUAACAUUGCUGUUGUCAUCUGGGGCAUCGUCUUUAAAUGUAACAUUAAUUGUUUUAGUUAAACUGCUUGAUGGUGUUGUUAAUGAACUCACUGUCUUUCUGAGAGAGAAAAAAAUGAUUGAGAAGGAGAAGAGAGAGGAUAUAAGAGACGAUGAGCCCCACUUUCGCCAGGGCACUGAAACUUACGAUACUCAACCAGUAUUUAAUGAACGUAAUUUAUUUGCUAAAAUUUACAAACUUAAACGGCAGACAAAUAAAUACAAAGACCUCUUUCUUAAAUACUUUGAUUUACCCUAUUUUGACCGACCUGUUUUUGACCAUAUGGAACUAUACGAAACUACUGACAAUCACGCUUUUAUGCUAAUUUCUGUAUAUUGUCCAUCUGAGAAUUCCAAAGGUUAUUAUGAAGCAUUUAAGUUACACGAAUAUAAGGCGGAUCUGUAUUCAUCUGGGAUGGGCUGUGUAUCGUAUAUCCUUCAAUUAAAUGUCGGUGAAUUUGAAUUUUACAAAAUAUUCUACAUAGUCUGGCACACUUUCACCAGUAACCCUUUCGGCGGUGUAUUCAAAACUUACCCAUUCCUUACUAUCAGCCAGCCACGUGAUAAAAGACCGGUCGUCGUUAUAACAAUCUUCUUCAUAAUUGACAAACAAGUCUUGGAGCGCUUCACGACACGGAUGGACAGGCUGAGCGUAAGACGCAAUGUGUUCGCACAAUUCAAUGGGGAGAGUGUUCAUUUUGUGGUAUUCUAUUAUAACUGUUUAAUAAUUGAUUACUUAUUAAUCUUUUAUACAGCUAUAGCAUUACAGAAGCAAUUGCCGAACUGA